AUGAUUACGAAAGAGAAAAUGAUAUUCAUUUAUCUCGCUUUCGUAUUUUUCAAUCCUAUUGGAUAUGUAAAAACGAACGGUGAAUCGAGCGGAGAGUAUCUUCAGAAGGUGAUGUUCCAGCUUCAAGAAUUCAAUGUACCUCCCCCUAUCAAUUCAUAUGACCGAUUGUCGUCGAAUAAGGAUUAUAAAAAUGUCGCUCACGCGAAUAAAUAUCGACAGAAUUAUGGGGUACAGAGGAUCAGUAUGAACACGCGACAGAACGCGCAAAAAUAUCAGAACCAGAGCUUUCAGCAUUACAACGUUUUACCUAACAAGAAGCUUGAUCUACACUCAACCGAUUUUGACAAUUUUUCCCACUAUUAUCAGCCUCAUGUUCCUGCUGUCACUAAAGUACGGGAACCGGAAAUACUUGGAUUUACACGGCCAGAACUGGCGGCUAUGUAUAAAAGUGCAUUAGAAAAAGGAUCGACGAUGAGUUUAUCCUCUUUAACAAAUGCACUCUCUUCCGGUGAACUGCCACAGGUUACGCAGACUCACGUGGAGUUUCCGGUUAAGCAGCCUCUCUAUCAAUAUUACUUUUUCCCGCUAAAAACCUUCAUGUCAGAGUUUAAGAAAAAUCACGGUUAUAAAACAAUUCCCGCACCUGCAUUUGACAAUACGGGAGCUGCACAAACUACGCAAACACAGUUAUCGAAUCCUCUCUUUGUAGCCAUAAGCACUUUCGUCACCAUGGCGAUCGUAUUCAUGAUGAGUGUUCUAUUCUUGCCAAAGCUCACUCAACUCGAUAUACUGCACGCGCGAAGCAUUCAAGAUGAUUUCUUUUAUAUAUCAAACAUCGUUACAAACGCCAUCGAACGUUAUAACAUUAUAGAGAAAUUUAAGGAUUAUCCCGUGGAUUCUGUCAGGUAG